CAAGAGGCAACGAGCAUCGUUGGAAAGAUGAGACCUUGGCCCUUAUCAAGCAUCAACGGAGUUACCCUGGAGCACAGCUGCGAGGCUGCCCGAGUUCUACUCGCUGGCUCCUCCCCCGCCACACGGGCCCGGGCCGGGGUUAGAGGCGGCGGGUCUCCGGCGCUGGGCCUCUACUGCCCACGGCCCGCAGGGGGUGAGGUUCAGUGCCGGGGCGGGGCAGCCCCGGCUGCUCAGUUCCUGAUUCUAUAAGCGGUGCCCGAGGCUGGCGGCGCCACAGACGCGGGCUACGCGGGCGACGCAAGAUGGGCCGGCGAGGAGCUGAGAGUCGGCCCCGAGGCCCCGGGCAGCGGCGGCCGCUCCUCCCCACCGUCCUCCCGCUGGGGCUGCUGUUGUUGCUGCUGCCUCCUCGCGGCUCCAGCAUUGGGGCCGGCCGGCCGCCUCACCUCGUCUUCGUGCUGGCGGACGACCUGGGCUGGAACGACGUGGGCUUCCACGGCUCGGAGAUCCGCACGCCGCACCUGGACGCGCUGGCGGCCGGCGGAGUGCUGCUGGACAACUACUACACGCAGCCGCUGUGCACGCCAUCGCGGAGCCAGCUGCUCACCGGCCGCUACCAGAUCCACACAGGUUUACAGCAUCAAAUAAUCUGGCCCUGUCAGCCCAGCUGCAUUCCUCUGGAUGAAAAACUCCUGCCCCAGCUUCUAAAAGAAGCAGGCUACGCCACCCAUAUGGUCGGAAAAUGGCAUCUGGGAAUGUAUCGGAAAGAAUGUCUUCCAACUCGCCGAGGAUUUGACACUUACUUUGGCUACCUUCUAGGUAGUGAAGAUUACUAUUCCCAUGAGCGCUGUACGUUAAUCAAUGCUCUGAAUGUCACACGAUGUGCUCUUGAUUUUCGAGAUGGUGAAGAAGUUGCAACUGGAUAUAAAAAUAUGUAUUCAACAAACGUAUUUACUGAGAGGGCUACAGCCCUCAUAACUAACCAUCCACCAGAGAAGCCUCUGUUUCUCUACCUUGCUCUCCAGUCUGUCCACGAACCCCUUCAGGUCCCCGAAGAAUACCUGAAGCCAUACGACUUUAUCCAGAAUAAGAAUAGGCAUUACUAUGCAGGAAUGGUGUCCCUCAUGGAUGAAGCAGUGGGAAAUGUCACUGCUGCCUUAAAAAGCCGCGGGCUCUGGAACAACACGGUGUUCAUCUUCUCCACAGAUAACGGAGGGCAGACUCUGGCAGGGGGCAAUAACUGGCCCCUUCGAGGAAGAAAGUGGAGCCUGUGGGAAGGAGGCGUGCGAGGGGUGGGCUUUGUGGCCGGCCCCUUGCUGAAAAGGAAAGGCGUGAAGAACCGGGAGCUUAUCCACAUUUCCGACUGGCUGCCCACCCUGGUGAAGCUGGCCGGGGGCAGCACGCAUGGCACCAAGCCUCUGGAUGGCUUUGAUGUGUGGAAAACCAUCAGUGAAGGAAGCCCGUCCCCCAGAAUGGAGCUGCUGCACAAUAUCGACCCAAACUUUGUAGAUGUUUCACCAUGUCUUGGGAACAGCACGGCUCCAGCAAAGGAUGAUUCUUCUCUUCCAGAGCAUUCAGCCUUCAACACAUCUGUCCAUGCUGCAAUUAGAUACAGGAACUGGAAGCUCCUCACGGGCUACCCAGGCUGUGGCCACUGGUUUCCUCCACCGUCUCAAUACAAUGUUUCUGAGAUACCCUCCUCGGACCCACCGACCAAGACCACCUGGCUCUUUGACCUUGAACAGGACCCAGAGGAGAGGCAUGACCUGUCGAGGGACCACCCCCACAUCGUCCAGCUGCUCCUCACCCGCCUGCAGUUCUACCAGAAGCACUCAGUGCCCGUGUACUUCCCGGCACAAGACCCCCGCUGCGACCCCAAGGCCACUGGGGCUUGGGGUCCUUGGAUGUAGGAUUUCAAGGCAGCCUUGGGGGUGGGGAGAGCGGGGGAGGCGGCUAGAAAGCCUUCCUGGUGCAUGAUGGACUUCAGGGCUUUACUGGUGUGACUCUUGUCUCACUGAUGCUCCCAACCUGGGUCCCCCCUGACCACUUCUCUCACUCCUAAACCACACUGAGGUAUCUGAUUUCGACCCCUAGGGCACUGGCGAAGCUGAUAAAAUGUGAACACUUGCACUGUUGGCCGUGGCAUGUAUCUAGAGGAGAGGGCAACUGGGUUCGUCCCCUUUUUCCUAGGCUGUGGGACAGCUGGGGACUUGACUGGAAGGAGGAAGCAAUUGAGUCCUGGAGGCCAGAGCAGCUGGUUCUUUUUGCUUCGCAAGUCAGAUGUUAGGUUUCCCUCUGCCAAUAGCCGGGUUUUAUGGGAGUGACUCACAUUUCUCGUAACAAAUGAAAGGAGCAGACAGUUGUUAAUGGUUCUGUUGGCCAGUGCUCCUCCAUGUCGUGAGAGAUUGUGUUCAGGCAUCCCAGGCGAAUAACCCGCCUUGCUUCACCCCUCGCUCACACAUCUCAUCACUCACCCCAUCAGGGAGCAUAAGGCUUGUUUCGUGGUUAAGAUGGGCCUGGCGAUAUGCCUACUCAUUGGUGUGGGUGUUGCCAAUAAAGGGAUGUGCUUUUAACCCCCCGCUUUUUCCCAGCCAUUGCUCAUCUGGUCUGGUCUGCCUGCGACCUCCCAGCUCCCUUUGUGGUUCUCCUUCUACCCCGUCUUCUGACUCAGGCAUCCCGAGCCUGGGAAGGCUGCUUUGCUUCUCUGCUUUGAGCAUCUCUGGUGUUUGGAACAGUGCCGAGGCUUGCCUAUUUUGGGCCCCCAACACGGAAGCUAGAGCCCAGCCCCAGGAGGGCGGCACGUCUGACUCCGUGGGCAUGCUCAUGGUGGGCACGGGGAGGACUGGCUGGCGGGGUGAUGCUUGGGUCCCUGCCGUCUGGUUAGUGACAUUUUUUCUGGUUGCAUGGCGUUGAUUCUCAUGGUUGUGGUUACGUCUCGUCAUGUACUGAGUUGCACUGCUAUCCUCCAGCAGUGAGGCAGAACCUUGGGAAAGGCUCAUACCAUCCUGAGAUGAUGGAAGAGGCCAGUUUGACAAAGGAAGCGGCUGGCAUCCAGGAUACUAAGGCUUGGUAAAUGCAGAAGACGGCACAACCGCAUGCCCUUCUUCUCUCGGUUUUACUGCUUAUUUGGAGGGUCUAAGGCUAGGGAAAGGGGAGCUACAGUUUGACCCGCCUGCUCUCUCUCAGCCCCACCCGUGUCCUACUAACAUGGGCCAGUCCAGAUCAGCUCCAGAGUGUCAGACUCAGAGAAAUAUGUCCCCAAACUGUACUCUUUUCUGCAUUAGCUCCACUGUUUCAUUUACUGCUUUCCUUCAAGGCCUGGAUCAGUGCCUUGUACAUAGAAGGCAUUCUUUUUGAAAAAUAAGUGAAUGAAUGAACGAAUGAACAAAUGAGUAAAUGAGAAGGUCUCACACCAGUGGAAGGUGCUAGCCCAGUGAGCUGAAUACAAGGAUGAAUAGAAACAUCUUCCAACCAUGGCUUUUCUGUUGUCAAGCUGCCCUCCUGGCGGAGGGGCACAGGCUGCAUAUCUGGGCAGUCUAGGACAUGCCAUAGUGAAGCAGGAAGGCCCUCUCAGAAGAAGAGGGGAGAAAAAUAUGCCCACUGAAGCUUCUCUUCUGCCAGUAACUCAGUUUUCUUUUGCCGAGAAUACUAGAAACUAAAACCACCAAGUAAGACGAUAUAGGUCUUGGAACAGUCACCCUUCAAUUCCAUAGCAAUGGUUUCUGGUGAUGACUAAUGUAUUAUGAUAUGACGAUUGGAAGGAAAUGGUGCUAGAACUAAGGACACCUCUUCCCAACCUGUGCCCCACGCCUGGGCGGGCAUGCUGCUGGCCAGGAUGCUAUUACCUCUCACUCCCAAGCCUGUGGUGGGUGUCAUGAACUAACUGAGACUAGAUGUUCCUUUCGGAUCCUUCUAACCCCAGGGCUGUAGAUGCCAUUAAUACGGUGCCAGGGCUGUAGGUGCCAUUAACACGGUGCCAGGGCUAUAGGUGCCAUAAAGAUUGGAGGCCAUGACUGCAUGACACCUUUGUGCUCCCCCGCUGUCCUCCCAGCAGCUGUUCCCAAUUCUCGUUCCUCGACGGCCACAUACAAUGUGGGUGUUCUGCACACUCAGUGGCAUUAAAAGGGAUUUUAAAGACCAAUUGUUUUUGGUCAAAACAUUUAUUUGAGAUUUUCUCUCAUCCAUAAUAGAGACACGUUCUCUAUUAUGUCUCAUAUUUUCUUCUUCUGUACAUGAAUGAAGGUGAACAGAGUCGUAUGUUGUCUUUAGAAGUAUUAAUGGUAUUUCUUUCUGAAUUUGUUUACCUUUAAAGAACAGUUUUGUUUCUUUCUUUUUCUUUGUUGCUACUUGAUUGCUCCAGCUUGGGGGAGGGGGGCAAAAAAGUAAUCUUUUGAAAUGUGUCAGCUGUGAGUAGGGGGUGUUCCUUUGGGAAAUGAAAAGGUUCUGGAAAUAGAUAAUGGGGAUGGUUGUAAACAUCAUGUACUUAAUGCCUCUGAUUUUUACACUUUGAAAUGGUUAAAAUGAUAAAUUUUAACUUAUGUCGUUUUUAACCACAAUUUCAAAAAUGUGUUGGCCCAUUUUAUGAUAUGUCAACUCUAACUCAAUAAAGCUGUUACAUAAAUAAAUAGAGCGAAAAAGAUCAGAGCUAAAAAAAAAUGUCUUUCGCUUCCUCAAAGAUACAAACUAAAAUAUAGGAUAUUGGAAGAGGAUCAAGAGAGGCUUGAAUAUAAAGUAGUAAUAGGGGGUGUAUGAGUUUUCUCAUGCCAAAAUGUAGCAGCUUAAAACAGUGAAGAUUUGUCAUGCAUUAUAUGAGAAGCAGGACUUUAGGAGUGGCUUAGCUUAGGGUCUGUCUGGCUCAGGGUCUGUCAUGACCUGAUUGUAGUCGAGCAGUCAACCAGGGCUGCCAGUCCUCUGGAGGCUUGACUGGGGAUGGAGGACCCACUCCCAAGAUGACUCACUCACAAGGCUCUUGGUCGGAGGCCUUGGUUCUUUGCUCUGUGGGCUUCUCCAUGGACUAUUGCGGAUUCUCACGGUAAACUUUCAGCAGAGCAAGUAACUCAGAGAUAAAGGAAAGCUGCACUCAAUACCUUUUAUGACCUGGUCUCCAAAAUCAAGCACUGUCACGUCCACCUUCCUUCGCGUCCUUUUUGAGUCACUAAGUCCAGCCCAUUACCUAGAGGAGGAGAAUUGGGCUCCAUCUUUUCAAAAGAAGUGUUAGGCCUUGUGGGCCUAUUCACCCACCACCACAGACAACAGAGGAGAAAAGGCAAACGUAGCCUCUGGGGGAAAUAGAUUGCCCAGUCAAGUCCACAUUGCAUUCAUCGAAAGCCGCUCUUUGAAAACAGGGAGCGGAAGAAGUAUCCAACUUUGCUCUUUAGUGUUAGAUUAACAUAACAUAAACAAAACAUUUAACCUUC